CAAACGGUUGACGAAUGUUUGCUUCUCUGUAACGGCUUUCGGAUAGCUAACCGCCAUCUUUUCUUGCUAUUGGCUUUGGUGUGAUUGGCUAUCAUUGUUGCCGCCUCAUUGGCCUUAUCCAUAGGUAGGUACUCACAUACCACUCACUCACUGAUGAUGAACCUUCAAAACUCCUCUCACUACUUCCCGCUUCAUCCCCAUACGAACACUCACUUGCGUUGUAUCAAACAUGCAUACAUAAUUGGAACCUACAUGACGCCCACAUACCACAUAGCCGCUAAGCUGAGGCACCCAGCACAGAGGGCCGGCCGGAACACAUGCUGUGGUCCUGUCGAUUUCCGCUGGAACAUCCAAUCACACAGAGCAAUGGCACGGUAUCGAGUCACACGAGCAAUUUGGAGCAAAAGUCCCACUCCCACUCUGAGGGGGAGGAAAAGUGAGCUCAGACAUCAUCCAUGAGCGGCCUCGAACAAGAGCUCAAACCAAGUGUAUCUGAGGAGAAACAACAAUUCGAAAUCCCGCCUUGGCAUUGCCAGACUGGAAGGCAUUGUGUCCCUUAUUCUUGUUUAGCCUUGGUGGAUCGUGUCUAGCCCAUGCGGCAGGACGCAUACGGAGUUGAUACUGUCGCCGCCAUUCUGGCUUGAAUAUCACAGUGCAUGCAGGCCUCACAUGUCCUGAAUACCACACACCCAGGGAGACAAAUCACGGCAUCUCCAAUCAGGGGCAGGUUUGCUGGCGGAAUUAGGUGGCGUGCAGGUACUGCAUCUGGAUGCAGGACCCAAGAAGCAGCACAAUCAGCCCCCUUUUUCGUGUUGGCAAAGAUCCCCUCCCCCUCUACUCGAUUCGAGAAUCCGCACCUACCAAAACCAGACACGCACCCGCACGUUUUGGACGAGUCGCUGGUCGCCUUCCACCCCCCUCGAGAUUUGUUUCCACCACUCGUUGUGGCGGCCGUUCUUCAGCUGUCUCAUGCCGCAUCUUCCCCAGACAAACCGUCUCUCCCCGGCACAUCAUUUCAGUCACUUCCGCGCCUUGGCUUUCAAGCCUCCUCCCAUCUUGGCUUCAUCCCGAUAUCUGGGGUCAGGUACCUGGUAACUAUCCAGGCGUGCUACUGACAGCGAGGCACCUGCUGCUGCAUGCCAACACGGAAACAAACAUUGAGGCUGGCGAUAUCACACCAGAAUACCAGCAGAAACCAAAUAGCUACCUAGCUGAAAGUGGAGAGGACAAGGUCAGCCAUCGUCGGAUCCUGUAGAGGUUCAGAUCAGGGGUUGUAUUGCUGCAGGUAAGGUAGUUGCUCCAGCUUAAGCCAGCCGCAAGAGACACAGCUGGGCCAUCUAUCGACCUAUACACCCCGCCAGCAAACCAGCGAGCUUCAAUUUCUGAGCACCCAAUCUUGCGGAUUGACACUCACCCAUGCACCUUCUACCUUCUAGCGCAGCCACGUCGAAUACUGACCUGACCUGAAUUCCGAACCCAUUCGCUCGCUCACACACACACACCCACACACCCACGCGACUGCUGCCCCCCCCUUCCCCCGCCGGCCACCGACCAAGCACACCUCCCACACCAGCUUCCGCUUUUGUCAACAAAAAAGUCUGAGAUUUAAUAUAUCCCUGUUCAUGACCAGCACUUGGUCUCCCUCCUUCUUUCUCGCUAUGGCCGCUCUCAAGAUUGUCCCUGGACAAAGCGGCUACAUGAAUUUGACAUCGACAGAACGAGACACCAUCCAACAUGUGGAACGGUUUGGGGCCUCCCUGAGCCUGGUGGGGGUUUCCUUCAUCUUUUGGGCUUACUGGAUGUUUAAGCGGGUUCGGACGGUACCCAACACUUUUAUCCUCUUUGCUUCCAUUGCGAACGUUGGGGCCAGCAUCGCCUGCUUGAUCGGCUAUGCUGGAAUAGUCGCCGGGGAUGACUCUGGGCUAUGUAAAGUUCAAGCGUUUUUGCUGGAGAUGUUCAUGCAGUCGGAUCCUUGGUGGUCGCUUGCCAUGGCUGUCAAUGUGUACAUGGUUUUUUUCAUGGCAUACAACCCGAACAACUUUCACAGACAUCUCUGGAUGUACUGUGUCGUUUGCUUCGGUGUUCCCGCCGUCCCGGCAGUUGUCAUGUUAUUCCAUCGGCCUGGCGAUGUGCACAUGUACGGGAACGCAACACUGUGGUGCUGGAUUGCCGACGCGUACAAUCAGCUGCGCAUCUUUCUCUACUACCUACCAAUCUGGACUUGCAUCGCGCUGUCUGCUCUCAUCUACGUGGCAGUCGGCUACCAUGUGUUUCACCAGCGUAACCAGUUGAGGAACCUCACACUGAGCAACCAGGCCAAGGACGCCUCCGGCACCGACCUCAGAGGAUCAGCGGAAAAGGAACCCCAAUUCGACGACAGAAGAGGCGCAUGCUAUGGCACCGUGACAACCGAGGUCCAAGUGACAGCCGAAGCGGCAGAGUGCUCCUCGCACGCCUCGACCUUGACGGAUGGCACUCACGACCAGCAGCACGAAGCGACCCCGCCCUCGACACCCACCGGCGCGUCAAGCAUCACACCUGUCCUACCGCCCGCCCACCGCCAUGCCAUGGCCACCGCCCCUCAGCCACCAGCCGCCACCCUCCACCCGUGGGUAUCGCCCGCCGAGUCCCUCGACUCCGACGACUUCGGGAGAUCCCCCACCUCGCACUCGUGCUCUCGAACCCAGCACUCGAACCCGUUCAAGACUAUCUCGAGUGUUUCCUCUGCCCCAAGAUGCCGGUCCGCCUCUGUCGCGAAUGUCAACAGGCAAAAUUGGUUGAAGACCAGGUUUGACCACGUCGGUCAGGCGUGGAAGAAGUUCCGGUACAAGCUUGUCAACCUGGACCCGAUCAAGCUGGCCUAUCUCCGGACCUCGUUUGUUUUUGCGAUCUCAGUGCUCGUGACGUGGACGCCGAGCAGUAUCAACCGCGUUUACGCUCUCAUGUACCCAGCUACGACGAGCUACUCGCUCAAUCUUGCUUCUGCCGUCGUGUUGCCGCUUCAGGGGUUGUGGAAUGCCGUCAUUUUUGCGGCGACUAGCUGGGCUGUGUUGGCGGAGGAGUUUAAGACUUUGUGGAUCAGGUCUGGGGUGAGGAUACCGGGACGGUGGCAGGAGGAACAACAGGAAGGGGGGGCGGUGGUAAAUAGGGAAGGGGUGGAAGGCUUUAAGAUGGCUUGGCACCAGAAUGGGAGAGGGAGGGUUAGUCACGAGGAAGGGGACGAUGGGGAUGAUGUGUUGGUGCCGCCGGAGAGGGUGUUUAGGGAACGGCAUGGGAGUGUGGCGGGUGGGUUUGAUGGUGGGGGUGGGAGUAGACGGCCGUCGGAGUAUGGGAGUCGAAGACCGUCGGAGUAUUUGGUGCCACCUUUGGGGGGCCCGGGGAGUCCGAGGGCUGGGCAGGGGCAGGUCAGGGUUAUUAGGGGAGGUUCUUUAUGAUAGGGCGAGGGUUGGUGGUCAGAGACCACGCGCGGAUGGGUGGACGAGCCUUUUCGAGUAAUGACGAGGAUGGCCUUGUCGAUCGACAAGGUGAAGGCGGGCACACCUCUUUCUGGGUCAUCCCCGGGGUUCUUACUUUUUAUACAGGCCGGCCUGUAUGUUUGUCAUGUCUUGUUCUGACGGCGGAUUACGGUAGUGUGAGCGGGGCGUCAUGAGUUUGUUUUACUAUACCCAGGACAGGCUGUUAAUUUCGGCGCGAGGAUGGGUGGAGUUUGGGGAAUGUUGAAUGAUGUAUACCAAGGGGAUGGGAGCUUUGUGACGGAUGAAGAGGCGGGUUAGACAGCUCGUCAGUGUGUACCUACACCAUGCAAUCUUCUGUUACGUAUGAGACCUGAAUGAUUCUGCCAGGUCUACUCGGAUGCUUCUUCCUCAUGACCCAACCACUUACUGUGGUUUUGCCAGGCGCUCUGCGUUUCAUCACUGUUCGUGUCUUUGGAGUAGCUCACCAUCAGCAUCAUUGAUGAAUGUGUGAUAUUAAGCUCGGCUUGCUUACUGGGUUUGACUGUUGUGUUUUAUGAGAUAAUCCAAACUUUUGCUCGUGGGCGAUGAAGCAACGGACAAGAUGGCUGA